GCUACUUCCUGUCCCACAAGACGCGGCAUCUUGAGCAGUUUUCCGUCUUUGGAGGAGUUUUGCAGCGAUUCAACAGGCGACUCGGCCCGGACUGUGUAUCAACUAACUUCCAGGUUGAUCCAGCUCUCGUAGACAUGGCAACAACAGGCAGCAUAGAAGGUUUGGAUGACGUCAUGAAAGGAUCAGCAGGGUGUUCUGCCAACACCGUUUCCACCUGGCAAGAAGAAAGCUGUGAGGAGUCUGGAGAGGAAACCGGAAGGCAGGACAAAGGUGUGAAAGUGUUCAGGUGUGAAGAAUGUGGCAAGCAGUUUGGUCGUCUUAGUCAUCUGAAGAGACACAUGCGGACUCACACUGGGGAGAAACCCUAUAGGUGUGAGGAGUGUAACAAGCAGUUUAGUAGGCUGGAACAUCAGAAGAGGCACAUGCGGACUCACACUGGGGAGAAACCCUACAUGUGUGGGGAGUGCAGCAAGCAGUUUAGUAAGGUGGAAAAUUUGACGACUCACAUGCGGACUCACACAGGGGAGAAACCCUACAUGUGUGGGGAAUGCAACAGACAGUUCCGUCAGCUGGGUAAUCUGAAGAGACACGUGCGGACUCACACAGGUGAGAAACCCUACAGAUGUGAGGAGUGCAACAGGUAG